AUGUCUCAAAUCUUCACCACCCUUCCCCUGGAAGUCCGCAACGAGAUCUACAGCCAUGUGUUCCACUACGACUCGAUCACGCCUAAAUCUAAUAACACCGGCAAGCUCCUGCACUUGAAUACACGACCUGAGCUCGACGAUACCUUCUUGUUGUACAAAACGUCUGACCCGCAAAAGUUCCUCGCACUUCUUUGCGUCAAUCACCAGAUCUCAGACGAAGCAGCGGCUUUCUUCUACGGCAAGACAAAUUUUCACGGCGAGUGGCGUGAGGUCGCAGCUUUUAUCAAAGGUAUUGGUGCUCACCGUAGAGACAUGAUCAGAAGCGUGGAAAUUUCGCACCCAGCUUGGCUAGCAUUCGCGUUCGACAAAGACGAAAACUUCGAACUGCUAAGCGGACUGCCAAACCUUCGAAGAGUGCGCAUUGCUGCCUCUGUGCCCGAUUUUACGCACCUGCAGAACGAACUCAUUCGAGGUGGUAUCUUGGAACUUGCUGGAAAUUUUGACAUUGGUGUCUAUAACACCUGUAAUGAAAGGAAGCUGAGCGAUGCAACACCAUCUGUUCCACAGUUUUACAGAGAUAGAUACGUUUGGAGCUGUGCUAGGGGUACUACUCAGUGGACGGGCGGAGAGCGCAUUCGAACAAUUAUUGCUCAAUUUCACACCAAACGUCAGUGCUGGGUCCUCACCGGAAAUUCUUGA